AUGAGUCACUUAUUUACUGUUUUCAAUCGUUCUGUGAACUGCAUUCGAACGACUGAUCAUCGAUGUGCUAAAUUACAAUUAGUUUCAUUACAAGGAAAUUUCUGUAAAGCUGUACUACGUAGUGAUACGUAUUAUUCAUCAGAAUAUUCAUUUCUAAUUUUAGAAGAUGCACUGGAUUUUUUACAAAUAUCUAACGACAAUAUUGAACUUCAUGAGCCAAUUGGUCAUGGUGCUUUCGGAACAGUUUAUCGAGCUACAUGGUUGACUAGGCAACAUAUAGUUGCAGUCAAAAAACUGCAUCUUACUUCGUGGAAUGAGAAAGCCAAGAAGGAGUUUUUCAAAGAACUUUCUUUGAUAGAUAGUCUUCGUUCUUCUCAUAUUGUCAAUUUCUACGGUGCAUGUAUAGAAACAGACAAUUGUGCAUUGGUUAUGGAAUAUAUAUCAUUAGGAUCAUUGUAUAAGUUGUUACAUGUGGAUAAUCUGACCUUAGUUUGGCCACUACGACUGUCAAUAGCAUUGAAAGCAGCGAAAUGCAUCAAUUAUUUACAUACAUUGCAACCAUGCAUCUUGCAUCGUGACAUUAAGUCGGUGAACUUUUUGUUAGAAAGAGCUCAUGACGGGUAUACUGUUAAAGUGUGUGAUUUUGGCUUGACUCAAACGCGUGUUGAAACAUUACACCAAUCAGUAUCAAAUCUUUCAAUGCCUGGUGCAUUGCAGUGGACUGCUCCUGAAAUACUGCAUGUACAUCCUCAUACAGAGAAGAGUGAUAUUUACAGUUUGGGAAUAGUUUAUUGGGAACUUGCUACAAACCAAAAACCUUAUAAUGGCUACAAUGAUAGUAAUAUUCGUGAAAUGGUGGUCGCUGGAAAUCGUCUGCCAAUACCAGAAGCAAUACCAUCGGGUUUCCGUGUACUUAUCGAAAAAUGCUGGGCACAUUAUCCAAAUCAUCGGCCAAAUAGUUCUGACCUAAUCGGAAUGAUCGAAGAAUGUAUCAAUAUUCAAAAGCGGUCCGAAGAUUUUUUACAAAUACCCGACAAGGAUUUAAUCUUGGAUAAUGACAUUGGUUGUGGAGCGUUUGGAACUGUGUAUCGAGCUCGAUGGUUGAGCCAACACCAAAUAGUCGCUGUGAAAAGGUUCCGUCUUACUCAGUUGGACAAGCAAGCCGAAAAAGAAUUCUUCAAUGAACUGUUGUUAAUGCAAAGUGUUCAUUAUCGUCACAUUGUCAGUUUCUAUGGUGCAUGUGUGGAACGUGGAAAGUAUGCAUUAGUGAUAGAAUACAUGUCAUUAGGAUCGUUGUACAAAAUUCUGCAUAAGGAUAGACUAUCAUUAGAUUGGUCUGCCCGAUUAUCCAUUGCUUUACAAACAGCCAAAAGUAUCAAUUAUCUGCAUAAACUACAACAACCUAUCUUGCAUCGUGAUAUCAAAUCGUCGAAUAUUUUAUUAAAAAAUUCGCAUGAAGGAUAUUUUGUGAAAGUAUGUGAUUUUGGUUUAGCUCGAACACAAAAUGAAAAAACACGACAAACUCAAUUGAUUGAUGGGUUAACUUGUACAUUGCAAUGGACUGCUCCUGAAAUACUGCGUUUGAAAAAGUACACCAAAAAGAGUGAUGUUUACAGCUUAGGAAUAGUUUAUUGGGAAAUAGCUGCAAAUGAAAUACCUUAUGAUGGUCAUGACAAUACCGUCAUUCGUGAAUUCGUACUUGCUGGUGAGCGUUUAGAAAUGCCGAAGACCACACCAUCAAGUUUUUCCGCACUGAUCAAUGAGUGUUGGGCCAACGAUCCCAAUGAUCGACCCGAAUGCUCUCACCUGAUCGAAAUGAUUGGAAAAUCAAUUCAAGAGCAAAGUAAUUUCAUGUUUGUUGUUCUGCUUUGA